AAAAAAAAUAAAAAAUUUUUCCUCUGCAAAAUAUCCAAGGUAAGGAAGAGUUAUCCGCUACAAGGAAGUCAGUAUAGUCGGGCAUCAAUAAUUUUUUUUUGUUAUUUCUUUCUCUUUCUUGUUUUUUUUUAGAAGAAAUUAAAUAUCAAUAUGGUUCACGCUAACGUUUGGAACUCUCAUCCCAAGUCCUAUGGUAAGGGCUCUCGUCAAUGUCGUGUUUGUGCUCAUCGUGCUGGUUUGAUUCGCAAGUACAACUUGAACAUCUGUCGUCAAUGUUUCCGUGAAUAUGCCAAUGAUAUUGGUUUCCACAAGUAUCGUUAAAAUGUGAUUAAGGAUGACUACACACACGUCUAUCAUAUAAUGAUUUUAUAUGUAUUACGUAUUGUUUAAUAUUUAACUCUACUCACAUGAAUAAAUCUAUAUAACAUUUGAAACGACAUAUAAUAGAGAUUUAUCUCUUUUGUCAAAUAAUGAUGUAAAAGCUGUUUCUGAUUUUUUUUUUCACUUUUCCCCAGUUAUAAUAUAAAACAAAAAAA